UUCUCUUUAUCUCUACGCCUUCCCUCUCGAACCAAGAAAGAAACUUCCUCAUGGCUUCGCCUUUAACUCUCACGCAUUCCGAACAAGAAAAUCUCUUAGAAAAACUUGGUGUUUUCAGGAUUCAAGGCCGUGAUAAACAUGGCCGUAAGGUUCUUCUCAUCAUUGGCAAACUCUUCCCUGCUCGAGCGGUGAGCAGUGAGGUGUUGAAGAAAUACCUGGAGGAGAAAAUAUAUCCAAAAUUAGAAGAAAAGGCAUUUUCUGUGGUGUAUGUACACACAGAUGUUCAAAGGAGUGAGAAUUUCCCUGGGAUUUCAACCCUUCGAUCUAUUUAUGAGGAUAUUCCAAUGAACGUCAAGAGUCAUCUUGAAUCUGUUUACUUUUUGCAUCCGGGACUCCAAGCCAGACUCUUCCUUGCCACCUUUGGUCGUUUUCUCUUCAGUGGAGGGUUGUACUCGAAGCUGAAAUACGUGACGAGGAUGGAGUUUUUGUGGGACCAUGUGAGGAGGAAUGAGAUUCGGAUACCGGAAUUCGCUUAUGAUCACGACGAAGAGCUGGAGUACCGUCCGAUGAUGGAUUAUGGAUUAGAGAGUGAUCACCCUAGAGUCUACGGUGGGCCAUCAAUGGAUAAUAAUCCACUUUCAUUGUAUUCAAUGCGAUGCAUUGCUUAGUAGCAUAGGAUAUGUUUGGCCUUUCUUUCUCUGUAUAAAAUAGGGGUGGAAAUUGGAAUGUCGUUAUCGUUCUGGCUUUUAGGAGGUUUCUGUAGUCUGUACACUUUGUAGAUAGGGUGCUGUGUUCUUGGCAAGAUGAGCUAGUGAAGUUGACUCUAAUGGAAAAGGAUAAGGUGGUGAGUUAGUUCAGGCCCAGUAGAUGCUUAGCCCAUAGAGUGUCUUUGGCUUGAAUUCAGAAAAUCUAUGAUUAAAAAAGUAAUUAUAAUUCGGCUCGA